AUGACUAACACGAUGGCCGAGUUGCUCACCACGUACUCGAAUCAGAGUGCGGAGAUCGCCGAGUACGUUUGUAGUAAUAUCGGUGGAUUGAAGGAUUUGUACUGUGGAGAGUUCCCAAUCAAACACACAUUGUAAGUAGCAACAUAUAAUAUCUUAUUGUAAAGAAUAUGGAGGAUUCAUUAAUUUUUUCGUAAAAUUUAAAUUUUAAAAAACCAAAAAAAUGGUUCACUACCACUUUUACUAUGACAUUACUAACGAUAAUGACUAAAUUUACGCUUUUUGAAACAAGACUCUGAGAUGCAGGCUUUUCGUGGUGAGACCCUAAAUUAAAUUAUUCUAAAUUUUUUGUAUAAAACAUAAAUUCAUAAAUAAACACUUUUUAAUUUCAGAUGGGUAGAAUACUUUGUAUGGGUAGCCUUCAGCAGUCUGAUUACAGUAGCUCUGGUGGGUAAUGCUAUUGUAAUGUGGAUAAUCGUACAUACCAGAGUAAUGCACUCGUCUUUUAAUUAUUUUCUGUUUAAUAUGGCUUUGGCCGAUUUCUUGAUGGCACUAUUAAACACUGGUACCACAUGGACAUUCAACUUUUACUACGACUGGUGGUACGGUAGUUUUUGUCAUUUCAAUCACUUCUUCGGAGUGGCACCUACAUGUAUAUCGGUGUUUACUAUGAUGGUGGUGAGUCAUGAUCGGUAAGUUUUGGAGUAAAAUACGCAGUAUGGUGUUGUGUUUUUUAAAGCAUAUUAUUUUUCAAAGAAGCUAAUAUAAAUGUAUAUAAUGAUCUAUUUUACCAUGAAAAACAAUAUAAACUGAUCUUGUUUUAGAUGUAUGGCCAUAGUAGAUCCUCUAGGCAAACGAGCCAUGAGUCGAUCACGAGCAGUCGCACUAAUAAUAGCUAUUUGGAUAGUGGCAGCUCUAUGUAGUCUACCUAAUAUACUUAACUCGAGAGUAGAAACGAGAUACUACUACUCGUUGACUAGUAAAGUACUCACUACGACACAUUUGUGUAAGAACGAAUACAACUACAAGUUCAUAUACGACGACGCGUUGUUCGUGGUACAAUAUGCUAUACCCUUACUAGUGUUAACAUACACAUUCGCCAGGAUAUUGUACGCUUUGAGGAGAGAUAACUUCCCUUCAUCGUCGCGAAUCUCACAGCCACGGAAUCUGGAGCGGGACAAGAGAAAGGUACAGUACUUUAACACUAUUCUACACAUUUUUUGACCAACAUUAAAAGUUGAAAACCUAUAAACUUACUGUGGUUUGACAUUUUACUGUGGUUACUUUGAAAUAAUUCAAAAUAUUAUGUUGUUUUAGAUAGUAAAAAUGCUGGCGCUAGUGGUAAUCAUCUUCAUGGUGUGUUGGUUACCGUACCAACUGUACCACAUGUUCCCAGAUUUCUUCAUGGCCAAAGAUGACACCAAUUUUGGAACGUAUUGUUACCUAUUCUUCUACUGGCUAGCCAUGAGUGCGUGCAUGUACAACCCCAUCAUCUACUGCGUCUUUAAUGCACGGUAAAAUUCUGAAGCAACGUUUAUCAGUACAUAGUAAUUCAUAUUGUUUAUAAAAGCCGAAAAAGGGGAAAUACACCAAAAUCACAUACUUAAUCCGCAAAAUAAAACAAUAAUAUUACACUUGAUCAUAAUAUAAACUUUCAGCUUCCGAGCCGGCUUCAUCUACGUAUUCCGCUGGCUUCCGUGCAUUGAUUUCAUCACCCAAGACCCUCAAGGCAUAUGUAAUCAAUCAGAAUUCUCAAAGACUCGAGCUCCAUCCAUCAGAGUUCACAACAAGACUUCAAACACUUCGGCCGCUUCUCCAUUAACCAAGUGCUCCGGUCCAACGCCAUUCUUUCCCGACCCCGCUGAACUCUCGCCUUAA